AUGCGUAUCCGAGGUUUUCUUCGUGGUGUGAGAGAAGCUACUUUCUCUGAAAGAGUAUGGCGGUUCGGUUUGCACGCAUUUCAGAUCCCCGAUGAGAUAAAGAUGCAUCUUCAAGAACAGGUGUUGCAGGUGGUGCGUGCGCCAUUGUGGAAGGUCGGCAGUUCAGGGACCAUGAAGUCCGUCAGCAAAGGAUUGAUUGGGCAGAGCAAGGAUGGUCCUGGAUCCCGAACCCGAACCCGCAAGGGUUGUUGUCUCUCUCAGCCAAAGGGCCUGGGAGAGGACGGCGACCACUUUGAAGAAACGGUCGCCGACGUCGGGGAACUGCCGGAACGCACGGGCAUCACCGAGAGUGGAUACCCCUUCUUCACCGGGAUGGAUUACAUCUCUCGGGGGCUUCCGUAA